AUGACGCUAAAGUUCGCGAUCCGAGAACCCAAGGUGCGAGUCCUGUUCUCGCCCACCGAGUUCUUCGACACCCUGAAGGGCAUGUUUCGGAGCUCCAAAAACCGAAUCGUCAUCAGCUGCCUAUACAUAGGAAUAGGCGAGCUGGAGAAGGAGUUAAUAGUAACCAUAAAAAAUAAUAAGAACAUCAAAAACCUAAGAGUGGACGUUUUAUUGGACAAACAAAGAGGUACAAGGCCAGAAGGGAAGCUGAACGAAUCCUCCGUGAGUGUGCUCUCCGACCUCUUCAGCCAUGGUGGCGACAUAAACAUUAGCUUAUUCCACAAUCCGCUACUAGGAGCAAUACUGUAUAAUAUUAUGCCCUACAGAGCCAAUGAAGCCAUUGGAGUUAUGCACAUGAAGGCGUUUAUCGGAGAUGACCGUUUGAUUUUGUCCGGGGCCAACUUAAGCGACAGCUACCUUCGAAACAGACAAGACAGAUAUAUUUUGAUUGAAAAUAAAUUAUUAGCUGACUCCGUUCAUAAAAUUGUGAAUUGCAUCCAGAAGAUGUCGUUCAGGUUGAAUGUUGAUUCGAGUGUCUACUGGGACAGUGACUUGAUGAACCCACUCGUCGACGCUCAUACCUUCCGUGAACAAUACUACAGGCGGAUACAGUUCGUGCUGGGUCAGAUCAAGGAGGACAUUUUGCGGCAUACCAAAGGGGAGGUGGAAAGCCAGAUGCUAGAUGGCGACUCAGGUGGAUGCCGCUUACCUGGAAGCCGUCCCCCCCCCACGAGCGAGCGAGAAGACUUCUUCAGCCCCCAGUUCGUCAAGGGCGAAAGCAUCCUGACCGUGGAGCUGGGGCUGCAGAGCGGCUUCUCCGAACCCCCUAUAUACGACGAAACCGACAUGCUGGAAAGCGUGCUCAAAAAUGUAAAGAAAUAUGACCAGAGUUUAAUUAUAUCAUCAGCGUAUUUGAACUUCCCAGAAAAUUUUUUAAAAUUGUUUAGAAAUAUAUAUGACAACCUCUGCUUUAAAAAGGGCAAAAUACGCUUUAUUACAGCGUCCCCGGCAGCUAACAGUUUUUUUAAGUCCAAAGGUAUUUCCUACUACAUACCCCUUGGCUACACAAUCAGUGCACACAUGUGCGUUGAAUUCGUCACCAAAAAUAUUGUAAGCGUUUUUAAAAAUUUAAAUAGAACAGACCCUUUGAAGAAAAAGGAAAAGGCCUACACAGAUAUUUAUUUAGAAUAUCAUAAGCCGUCCUGGACCUUCCAUUCCAAGGGGAUGUGGCUGAUUGAUGAUUCCUUCGGGAGGGGAGUACUUCGCAGCGACACCUCUGGUGAAGAUCCGCAUGUAGCCAGAACCCCCCAAAUGGAAAAUGUUCCAAAUAGUGUUUGCACUAGCCAAAAUUAUGAACAGUCAGAAAAAAAAAAAAAAAAAUCCCCUUUUGGAAUCGCUAACUCUCUCCGUUUGUUCAAUAAUGAUCAAAAUUGCCUGAACAGGUCAGCUACUUUGGAGGAAAAAAAAAAAAAAAAUGUGUGUGCAAAUAUUUUAAAAAGUGAAGAAAUGGACCAUAAUGAACACGAUGGCGAUAAUCAGCUUGAUACCAAUAAUGCUACAUCACUUACCCAAAACUUGGGUGACCUACCCUGGGGAACGGUGAUUGGAAGCUCCAACUACGGCUACCGAGCAACGUACAGAGACUUGGAGAUGAGCUUUGUGAUCAAAACAAACGAUGAAAAUUUGAAGCGCCAGUUCCAGAAGGAGCUGGAAAUCAUUUACGAGUCUACCAAUUUUGUCCACAUGGACGAGUUGAAUUUGAGGUACCCCCGCUGGCUGCGACUGCUGUUCCCAUACCUCGUGCGAUGGUUGCUGUGA